AGUGGAGGUGCAAAGGGGCUAAGGAAGUUGGUAAUGAAUCGAAACUUGACAUAUUGUCAAAAGUAUCGGUUACUACUAUGGAAGGACAUCAAACUACAACUUACCAAUUGGGUAGAAUUAGUUAUGAUCAUUUUCCUUUCAGCUUUAAUGCCCAUAUUUUUCUCUAUUGGCACAAAAGUAGCAAAAUCAAUCUUUCCCCCCGAUAUAGAAAUGGAAAAGAGUCCCGGUCCGAAAAGUGUCAACACAAGUUUAUUCGUAGACUUAUACUUUACACCUAACAAUGGUAUACUAGAGCAAUUAAUUACUCAGCUUGCAAAUAUUUCCGAAUUUAAAAGUGUCGAAGUGUUUGACACCAACUCUGAACUCUACUUGCAAUUGAUGAUUAAUAGAAAUGCAAUUGGUAUUGCGUUCCCCAGUGAAUGGUAUGACAUAAAAUCCUGCCCGGAAGUGCUAAAUCUAACCAUAUUUAUGCCGUUAUCCAUAAAAAGAAAAGAUUUUAAAUAUUUCGAAUCAGGAUUUUUAUUGCUUCAAGAGCGAAUAUCGAAAAUAUUCAUAUUUUUUAAGAAUGCUGGAAACGGAAAGAUUCCUCGUGUUCUGAUGAAUCAUUUUCCAUACCCCUCAUAUGUGCCCAAUCAUUAUGCGGAGUCGGCAAAAGCCAUGACAUAUAUGACCCUAAUAUCGUUUUUUCUUCCCUGCAUCACAAUUGCCAAGUAUGUAGUAGCUGAAAAGGAGCGCCAUCAAAAAGCUGUUCUUACCGCAAUGGGAUUUAGUAAUAGUAUUCACUGGCUGGCCUGGUAUACUAAAUCAAUGCUACUGUUAUUACUAUGUCUGUUAAUUAUGAUUUCUAUUUUUUCUAUUGGCUUGAUUUAUGAAUUUAGCAGCCUGGUUUGCCUGAUGACCAUUUUUCUGGUAUACAUCCAUUCACUUGUGCUUUUUGCCUUCUUCAUAAGCUCAUUUUUCUCAAGAAGUCUAUCGGCCGUCGUGGCCACAAUUUUGAUGUACUUCUCCACGGCUCUUCCCUUUCUAAUUGUGGGCGCGGAGAAUUCUAGUGUUGCAGCCCAAACGGCAGCCAGUAUUGGACUUAACUCUGCGCUGUUCUACAUUUUGGAUUCGGUGGCCGUAAUGGAGAUGCAGUCGGUGGGAGCGCAAUGGUACACCAUUGACAAUACUGCAUCUAGUGGAUAUAAGCUCAGCAUAGUGGGCUACAUGCUCAUCAUGAUUUCGAUUAGCUGGAUUGAGCUGCUCAUCUGCCUGUAUAUCGAAGCGGUGCGAACUGGUGAGUUUGAAGUCCCUCAGCCAUGGAGCUAUCCAUUCCAAAGAAGAUAUUGGUGUCCGCUCCGAUAUGGGUCUUCAGUUUUUCACCAAGGAGCCCUUUUGCCCCUUGCAGGGAAAAAUUCCGAAGGAAAUUUACCCGCAGCCCAUCCAACGAGACAACCGAUUAUCUACCUCGAUGAUCGAACCCAAGAAAAUUUUCAGAGGGUAAACAUAAGCAAAAAAAUUGGAAUAGAAGUUAGAAGUCUUUCCAAGACAUUCGGAUUUCGCAAUGUGGUAAAGGAUUUAUUCUUUAAUGUGUACGAAAAUGAGAUAACAGCGUUGGUGGGACACAAAGGUUCUGGAAAAACUACAAUCAUAAUGAUGCUUUGCGGGAUUUUGCAACCCACUACGGGAACAGUCCUGAUCAAUGGUUACGAUAUAGUUACCGAAGCAAAAGUAGCAAAAAGUAGUUUGGGAAUCUGCCCUCAACACAGUGUCAUUUUCAAAGGAAUGAGUGCCAGGGAUCACAUAUACUUCUUUAGUCGCGUAAAGGGCUACAAUAAAACAGAGGCCAUGAUGGAAUCGAAUAUCUACAUCAGCAAGCUUGGCUUGGUCGAUUCCCAAAAAUGGGACGCCAUGAGACUAUCACCAGGUAAUCAGCGACGAUUGUCACUGGCCUGUGCCCUUUGUGCCGGCUCCAAGGUAAUCCUCUGCGACGAGCCAUCCUCCGGUUUGGAUCCCAUUGGUCGCCACGAGCUAAUGCGAUUUUUGCAGAAGGAGAAGCAUGGACGCACCAUCUUGAUGACAACCCAACAGUUGGAGGAGGGUGAGAUCCUUGCCGACCGCAUAGCUAUCAUGAACGAUGGACAAAUUUUGUGCUACGGCACUUUGGGAUACCUAAAACAAUUGCCAUUCACCAGCUAUACACUCUCCUGCCAGAUGGCUCCCAAUAGCAAAGCGGACAACCUGACGGAUCUCGUUAGGCUCUAUAUGACGACCACCACUUCUCCGGUGUUCCACGGAGUGGAUGUGAGCUACAAACUGCCACGAAGCCAAAUAGACCGCUUUCCGGAGUUUUUCCAACAGCUGGAGGAGAAUAAAAAAAGCCUCAAUGUCGUCAGUUUUGGAGUGAGCGAUUCAACUCUGGAUGGAAUCUAUCUCAGUUUGGAUUAUGGUCAGGGGAGUUCACGUCUUAGGGGCGGUGCUGAUCCAGGAGUUAAUGAUAAAGUCGAGUUUGGAGUUCAAACGGACAAGGCAAUUCGGACGAAGGAUAGAGCGAACAACUCACUUGUUAGGUAUCAGCAUCAAGUGGACCCCCCAAACGAAACGAUACUAAACACAAAAACGCCCAUAAACCCAAUAGAAAUAUGGAGGCCAAUAGAUCGGGAAAAAGGAAGUUGUAUGGCCCAAUGGCAGGCAAUGUUUAUAAAGAAAAAAAAUUACACUGCGUCGCGUGCACUGAUUUUUAUUUUAAUCCUCAUCAUUCCACUUUUCUAUUAUAUCAUAGUACUUGGGACUGCCGCCUCGGAAAAAUGUGCCCAUCGAACGGAUAAACAACCUGUGCUCCCAUUGUCGCUGGACUAUUAUAGCUAUGAUGACAUGAUCAUCUUACUCGAAGUUGAUAAGCAGUUGUACAAGAGCGAAGGAGAGGCCUACGUCCAAUUGGUCAAAGAGCCUGCAACCGUCGAAAGCGUAGACUCAAUUUUUUCGCAUCUUUUAAAAGCACCGCCAAUAAUACGACGUGAUAUUAAGCGUAAAUAUGUCUGUGGUGCUUCGUUUAAUAAUGCGUCAACUAUCACGGCCUGGUUCAAUAGCGAUGCUUUCGAACACUCGGCACCCAUUGCCCUGAAUUUGGUCUAUAAUGCCCUGGGAAAGGCAGUGUUUGAAGACCAAGAUUUCAGUAUUUUGGUAAACAGAGGUGAUCUUCAUGAUUUCAUUUGGUUAAAUAACGCUUCAAGUAUGAGGCGCAGGUAUAAACGACAGAAUGAUCCGGACUAUACGGAUUAUUCGGACUACGAAAUUCAGGAAUAUGAUGUUGUUGUCAAACCAAACAGCUCCAGUACAUCGGGUCAACACAAUAAAUCUAACCCCGGGGAUGAUAAUAUAAUUACUGUUCAGAUGUCUAUAAUAGAAGCAGCUUCAACAUUAUAUAAUGAAAAGGGCAAAAGGAAGCAACUCUUCGGUACACUAAUUAUAAUAACAGCGUAUAUAGCCCUGUGUUUAAGCAUAUUUUCCAUAUUUGUAACCAAGGAGCGUGUGGAGCAUUUUAAAAUGCAACAAGAAAUUUACGGAGUGACCCUAUUCUAUUUCUGGUCAACCCACUUUGUUGGCGAUUUUCUAAUAUAUGCAAUUUACAUGGGGGCUUUAACAAUUGCAAUCUAUCAUUUUACAAUAUGGUACCAAGUGGUUGUAAUGCUUCUACUUAUUGGAUUUGCCUGCCUGCCAUUUGUGUACCUAUGUAGUUUAUUGUUUAGUUUGCCUAAUAUUGCAUUUGCUGGAAUCUUUGCGAUCCUGGUAAUGACGGGUGGAAUGCUAUUUUCCUUUAUGUACAUGUUGACCCUAAUCACGGAUGUCAAUUUUACAACUGUAUUUGCGAUACUUCCAAUGUACGUCGGUACCUUUGGCCUAUUUAAAUGCCUCGCGUGGCGUGAAUAUUGCAACCGUGAAGUACUUCCUCCGAUCGAAGAACUUGAUUGUAAAUUCGGAAAUUGUAACGUGUUCUGUGCGUGCAAACCUGAACGUACUUGGAUGGAGGUAUGGCUACUGAUGGUCCACUGCUUGGUUUGGUUUAUAUUUCUUUGGUUUUCGAACUUUGGAUACGAAAUUGGCUACAGAUUUAAGCCAAAGCUAUCCAACCGGAUUUGGCAUAAUAAUGAGAAACACAUUCGUGUUCUGGACGAAGAAAGACGAGUGGGUCUAAUCCCGAAAUACGAGCAUGAGGAUUAUCCAAUAAUAGUUGACCAGGUUACGAAGAACUACUGCCGCGCAAAAAAUGCCGUUCAAUUAGUGUCAUUCGCGAUAAGACCCGGCGACACUUUUGGCCUUCUGGGUGCACAAGGAGCUGGAAAGACAUCUAUUUUCCAAAUGAUUGCUGGCGAGACAUCCAUGUCCCAUGGAAACAUCUAUGUGAGAGGACACAGUCUGAGGGAACACAGGAAUGCUGCCAAAAUGGAGGUCGGCUUCUGUCCCCAAGGCGAUAAUGCCCCCAAAUAUCUCACUGGUCGGCAGCUGCUGAGAAUCCAUUGUCUGCUCCACGGAGUGCCGAAAGAUCAUAUCAAGGCGGUGUCCGAGCAAAUGGCCAUCGAAUUUAACUUUAAGGAUCAACUGGACAGGCCGAUUCAUACAUAUAGUGGUGGAAAGAAGAGAAAACUGAAUAUUGCUCUCGCUAUCGAUAGCGGGUCGGUACUUUGUCUUGAUGAUACAAAUGGUAGUGUCGAUCACGCGACCCAAAGGUUUAUUUGGAGAAAGCUGGAGGCUGUAAAGAGAAGCGGCAGACCGGUACUCCUGACCACCCAGAGCAUGGAGGAGGCCAAUGCAGUGUGCUCGAGAGUGGCUUUCCUGGUCGCCGGCGAGAUGAUGUUUAUCGGAUCGCUGCAGCAGGUGCGAUCAGAAGUAUCUAAUACCAUAGUGAUAAGGCUUAGGGUCAAUCCCAGUGACGGAAAACUGAAACGAAGAUUUCAACAACUAAUAGCUGAUAUGGCAGAACUCUUUCCAUUGGCUACAUUACACGAAGCCCUUGAAACUUGUCUCAUAUAUCACAUAAAUAUUAAUGUUACAACGUUGGCCAACUUGUUCUACCAAAUGGAAAAGAUACGAAAUGAAGGACUCCUGGAGGACUAUUCCAUAACGCAGGUUUCCUUGGACGAAAUUUACAGAAUACUGAAUGAUGAAGAAGAUCCGAAUCUCGUAGACCUAGACUCUACUCAUAAUAGCGAAGUUUUAGAGGACAUACGAGACACAACGAGAGACACAACGAGAGGGACAACGAGAGACACAAAUUUAGUAUCAGAUGAGGGUAUACAAAAAGAAAAGGUUAAACGGAAAAAAGUGGAAGAGGAAGAUAGAGAUAGGCAGGAAAGUACCGAAACUAGUAAACCGAAAGUAAAGAGAAGUCCCGCAACUCAAUCUGAUAGUACUGAUACCGAUGAAAUGGAAGUAGAAAAAGGCGAAAAAUUAAAAAAGAAAACUUCAACAUUUUUUCAAGAUUGAAAAUCGAACAUUUUGUAAGUCCUUAUAUUUUUCUAGAGUUCAAGAAGUAUUUAUACUUUAUCACGCCUCAACUUGCAUAACUUUAAAACCAAAGACGAGGACAUAGCAGUAUUUGUAUUCAUUAAGGAAUUUCCGCAAGUUUUCCCGGCUUCAUUUUCCCCCAUCCUUUUGGUCCUGCACUUAAGCUUUUCGGUGUGCCUGGCUGACAUUUGAGGGCAACGGUUGAUUAAAAUGUCAAAUGCCUUGCAUAUUUUAAAUGCCAUCGCGUCAAGCCUCGAGGAAAAUUCAUCCGAAAACUGAGGCGCAGGCCGAAAAUCACACAAGGACCAUACAACGGGGCAAUUAAGGAUAAGAAGAACUCAGCUACCAAGGACGAUUCCCAGAAUAUGAAUGGCGCAUACUUAAUUGCCCCAAAAGGUGUUUAAGAAUUGCGUUUAUGGGGGCGGAAACGUGAUAAAAUUUUUACCAAUAUUAUUUCUAAAUUCGUAAAUAUGUUUAAAAUGAUACAUUUCGUUUACCACUGCCUUUUUUUUUAAUAAAUAAAAUUUUCCUUUCUC